AUGGUGCUUGAGCUCCAUGUAUGGGGGCCCGGGUUCUCUCUUGCGUCCAUAGACCCUCAUUGCUUAGCUGCAAUUGCAUAUCUCCAACAAGCUGUCCCCAGAGGUAAAUGGACACUCGUAGCUACUGGUGAUCCGUCUUUGAGUCCUACCAAUGAGCUGCCAGCUUUAAGGAACGGAGACAUCUGGAUUGGUGGCUUUAGAAAUAUUUUCCAUUACCUCGCUCAAUUUUCCUCUGGAGAAUGGGUACUUGAUGCAGGAUUGCCGGAACAGGAGGGGGCAGACUGUAUUGCCUUCUCUUCUUUCGUGGAAUCUCAUGGCCAGCCCCUGAUAGACCUCUCUCUUUACGUUUCCUCCGAAAACUUUACAUCGUCGACACGUCCACUGUAUAACACCAUACAAUCUUUUCCUCUGCCAUACCUCACGCCACCAGCUAUUCGAGCGGCGGCGAAAGAACGAACCGCACAUCUGGGCCUCUCCGCCCUCGACAUUGAUAACGAUGGCCCUGAGACGUACGAACAAUCCAUAAUACCACAGAGCCUACGAAAACCUAAAACUACACUAUCAAGCCUACUUGCUGCAUCUCCAGAGACCGGCGCACAAAUAAAGCUUGAUGCUUUAGCCGGUGAUUUCUUUGAACCAUUGAAAGCUCUGAAGGGCGACAAACAGUUUCUGGUGUCAGAUACAAGUUUCUCGAGUCUGGACUGUCUAGCGCUUGGAUACCUUUCGUUGAUGUUGGUGCCCGAGUUACCUCAGCCGUGGCUUGCCCGGGCAAUGAGACGGAAAUAUCCAGACUUAUGUACAUGGGUGGAGAACUUGAGUAAUUUGGUCUUCGGGGGGCCAGUAGAUGCAGAUGAUGCAUUCCUGACAACAAGAGACGAGUUUACCCCAUCGAAGGGUGGAAAGAGUUCAUUGCCAUGGGUUGCACCUCAUAAUGGUGGUAUGGUUGGAGUUGGAAGUGUGUUCCUGUCAUCAAUUGCGGACUCAAUACCCGUUGUCGGACAGCUUAGGAGGAAUACAAGAAUGAGACAACAUGGCGGCAAAACACAUGCUAGCGAAUUGGAAAGCUCAAGCUGGCGGAGUAUCUCGACUGUUAGUGGCUUAGUAGCUAGUGUGGGACUGUUGAUUGGGUAUAUGUUCCAACAAGGCUUUAUCACGUUGCCUGCGGGCGACUCAGAGGGUUAUCAGAACACAACGAGUGGCUUCACUGACUUUGGCGAUGCGGGAGAAAUAUUAGGAAUAUAUCCAGUCAGGGUCGAUACCGAAAUUCAAAGGCAGGACGCUGUUGAAAAUCAUGGCAUGCCAAUUGCGGAGGUAGAUGUCGAGUUCUCAUCCGGUGGUACUAAAGUCACAGAACGCGUUGCCUGA